AUGAGUAUAACAAUUCAGUUGGAAGAUUAUCAAAGCUGGUCGGAAGUUUUUGCUGAAAUAGAGAGGCAAUGUAACAUGAGGUUAUUUGAGAUCAUAAAGCCUAACCCAUCUGCUAUCCACGACAGAGAAAAGAAGAGGAAAUCGCUGUUAGAGGUGCCAGAGGGACGUCGCUUCAGCCAAAGUGAAAUGAACCAUCUUCACCCCAGUGAAGUACAACCGCGAAAGCGCAGCAGAAGCACACUAUGUACCACAAUCAGUGAAAUUAAUCCCGAUAGUCCAGAUAGUCUACAGCAUGAUUCUCGAUUCACAGACGCAGCAAGAAAGCUGAGUAAGGAGGAAAUGGCAUUGUUGUACCAAGAUAUAGUAAAACCUGUGGAUGUUUAUUCCAUUUUAAUUGGAAAUCGGAAAGAGUUGACAGCUCAUGGUCAUAAGUGA